AUGGCCUCGCCGCUCUCCGUAAAGCGCCGCAAGCUCAACGAUGGCCCCGCGACCCUCGAGAGGCCUUUCGUGUCUCCUCUCCGUACGAGCAAGACGGAUCGCACUCCGCUGAAAGAGCAGACCAGCAACAUCCAUGUCCGACCUCGACCAUAUACACCAAGUACGCUCGCGCAUACCAUCAAGCAAGCAAGUCUAGCUUCUGAAACAGCGGGGCAAUCUUCCGGCACCGUAGCGCCGAAUGUCAGUCGUAUCAAAGCCACUCCUCUGAGAAAGCAGCCAAUCCCUUGGUCUUCCAAGAAGAGAACAGAUCCCGAAGAGAUAGCUGCGCAGAAGGCCAUUACCUCGCUUGAGCUUCAGAUCCGCAAAGUCCAGAAUGAUCUCGAUACUCUGAAGCAAGCCCAACACAUCUCGAAUUCCUCCACAGAUGCAGACCUCGAAGCAUUGACUGACAAAUGGCGUCUUGCGUCGCAAGCUGUUGCUGAGGAGCUUUUCGGUUCGGUCAAGGAGCGAGUAUGUCGCAUGGGAGGUGUGGCUGCCUGGCGCGAGAUGGAGAAGCGAAAGUACGAUCGAGCCAAUGGACUGGGAGAAUUCGCUCGAGAAGAAGACCCGGUGGAUGACGAUGCGGAUUGCGAGUUUGACUCCGAGGGAGAAGAGCUGCCGGAGGAGGAACAACUAUACCGCAAGAAGAUGAAACACCAAGCAAGACAAGAAAUGAUGGAUGCAGCGGAGCAGCCCGAUGAGCCGCAGCAAGAUGCCAAUGCCGAGAAGAACAAAGUCUGGCAGGAAGAAGGCAAAGAGGACGACGUGAGUCCACAAUAAGUGUUUCCGCUGCUACGGUGAUACUAACACGCUCGCAGACUUUCACAAUGGAUAUGAUGCUGCGGUCAAUGAAUAUCGAUCUUGCUGUGAUCGGCUACGACAAGACUUUGCAGCGAUGGGUCACAUGA